AUGAGAUCGGAUGAAAUAGUAACAGUGAAUAAAAAAUGCACAAUAAACAUCCAAGAGGAGAAAACCGAUGAAACUUAUGGUAUUAGGAAAAAUAUCAGGACCAUCAUAAGAAGAACUUCUGAUUUGGUAUCCUCCGGAGAACUACCAAAUGAGAUUGGACCAUUGACCUAUUCAAACUUGAUAACAGAUGAUAUUACCGAGUACUUUAAAAGCGACACGACGAUAUCGGCUAAAUUGUCCACUUUGUGUAAUCAAUUGAAGUCGAAAGGUAUCAUAAUGAAGAAGAUUACGAGACGGAAACAAAGACUAUACCUUUUCAAGUUAGGACCAACUUUACAAACUAUAACGUGGAAAAAUGAAACUAAAACUAUCAGCUUGGACUCAAUCAAAGAUAUUAGAAUUGGAGAGAUGGCCAGUAAUUAUAGAGAAGAAUACGGUAUUGAAGAACAGUUUUCUGGAUUAUGGCUCACCCUUAUCUAUAACAUUUCCAAAAAUAAAUUGAAAACCUUACAUUUACUGGCCAGAGAUGCUGUUGAAUUUAAUGCAUUUUUCAAUUGUAUUUACGGGUUGGUGAAAUCGAGAAGAGAGCUGAUGGAAAGUAUAUCUGUGCCAAACAACGAGCAAUUUGCAAAUAUUCAUUGGCAUCAUACGGUAUCUGAGAGGAAAGAAGACGAAAAUAAUGAUACAUUAUCAUUUGAAGAUGUUAGAAGAUUAUGUGAGAAGUUUCAUAUUUAUUGCUCUUCCGCUUACCUGCUCAAAUUCUUCAAACUCGCCGAUGUUAAUCAUAAUAGCUUACUGAACUUCCAAGAAUUCCAAACUUUUGUUAAAUUAUUAAAACAGCGUCAGGAGAUUUCUACAAUCUGGACUGGCUUAACGGAGGGAAAGUUAAAGAUGGAUUUACAAAUGUUUACUGAAUUCCUCACAAAUGUUCAAGGAGAAUCGUCAACGGAUAUGCAAAUUCAAGAUUUAUUUAUCGAAUUUAGUAUGGCAAAUAAAGGAGAAUAUCUCACUGAAGAGGGUUUCACGAAAUAUUUGAACUCUCAGCCAUAUCUAAUUGAGUUGAAGGAAGAUUAUAGCAAGCCACUAAACCAUUACUUUAUUGCGUCAUCUCAUAACACAUAUUUAUUGGGGAAGCAGAUUGCUGAAACACCCUCAGUGGAAGGAUACAUUCAAGUUUUACAACAAGGAUGUCGCUGUGUGGAAAUUGAUAUUUGGGAUGGUGAUGAUGGACCUGUGGUAUGUCAUGGAUUUUUGACUCCAUCUAUUCCAUUGCGUAAUGUGCUCGGAGCCAUUCGAAAAUAUGCAUUUAUCACAUCUUCAUAUCCAUUGAUCAUUUCUUUGGAAUUGAAUUGUGAUAAGAUGAACCAGAAACUGGCAAGUAUGGUAAUCAAAGAUACUCUAGGACAUAUGUUAUAUGUAGAUCAUGGAGAUAGUUUGUCGUUGCCGUCACCACAGGAAUUAAGGCACAAAAUCAUUAUCAAAGCCAAAAAGACUAAGAUUCGUCUAGGUAGUCGAAGUCCGUUCUCAUCCUCCCCUAUAGAGACUACUUCAUCAAUCAGUUCUUCAUAUGAUUCAGAAUUUGAUAGUAGUUCCAACGCUGCCAAUCCUGGUGUUGCCACCAUCAAUACCGAAACUCUCAAAAGAAGAAAUUCAAGUAGUUCCAUUACUCGAAUACGAAGAAUCGGUCUAAAACAUAAUAUUAAGAUAAUAGCGGAUGUGUUGGAAAUAUCAGGUAUUCAUGGCAUUAAGUUUAGAGAUUUUUCACUUCCUGAAUCAAAAACAUGCACACAUUGUUUCUCGAUUAAUGAAAAGAAGUUUGACUCCAUACGUUUAGAUAAUUCUUUGAACCUUUCGCUUGAUAAGCAUAAUAGACGAUAUUUAAUGAGAAUUUAUCCACAUGCAUUAAGAUAUAAAUCAACAAAUUUCAAUCCCAUCAAAUUUUGGUCCUUAGGUAGUCAGAUGGUAGCUACGAAUUGGCAAACUAAUGACCUUGGCCAACAAAUUAAUUUGGCAAUGUUCCAGUUUAGUAAUCAAAGGAAUACUAUUUUCCAUUCGGGAUAUGUUUUAAAACCACUUGCUCUACUAUCUACAGUAUCAAAAGAGAAGCACAUUCCGGCCCUGUAUGAAAAAUUGAAUAAGCUUACUCCGUUAAAGAAGGUUAUCAUCAAGAUCUUAUCUGCACAGUUACUACCCAACUCAAAAGAAGUUAAAAACACUACGAAUAAGGAAGAGAAUUUUGGGUCGUCAGUGUUGAUGGAGUACAUCAGUAAUGAUGACUUAUUGGAUCUACACAUUGUAAAAAAUGGAAUUAGGACAUCCACCGGAGAAGUACGUACAAUUCAAUGCAAAGAGAACGGGUUUAAUCCCAUAUGGGACUCAGAGCUUCAAAUGUUAAUAAGACACUUAGACUUUGCCUUUAUCCGUUUCACAGUGAUUGCCAAUGGGAUUCCCCUGGCUACAUCCUGUUUAAAAUUAAGUUAUUUACGGAGAGGCUACAGACACAUCCCCUUGUAUAGCAUGGAGGGGGAACAAUAUAUAUUUUCCAAGUUGUUCAUCUACACGACUAUCACAUAA